AUGUCACCGACGAUAGCCGAACACCAUCACGAUCAUCCGCCACCAGAAGAUGACUGGAAGAACUCAGGCGUUCGUGUGAUUCCAUCUGACUCUCUUGAGCCAGUCGGGGGCCAGCAUAUGACUCCCGGUAUGGACCGAGCAGCAGCCAUAAACUUUGCUCGCGUCGGGGCGCAGAAGCUCUGGGCGGGCACCGUUCAUAUUCAUCCCGAUGCGAAAACUGGUGCUCAUCACCACGGACAUCUGGAAUCCGUCAUUUAUGUUUUGAAGGGCAAGGCCAGGAUGCGAUGGGGAGAGAAAUUGCAGUAUACUGCUGAAGCCGGACCGGGUGACUUCAUUUACGUCCCGCCGUGA